GAGUGCAGGGGUGGUGCUACAGUUACAGGAGGAGGGCCAUAACUGCAGGAGUAGUGCCACAACUGCAGGAGGAGGGCCAUAACUGCAGGAGUGCCACAACUGCAGGAGAAGUGCCACAACUGCAGGAAGAGGGGGGUCACAACUGCAGUAGGAGGGCCACAACUGCAGGAGAAUCACUACAGCUGCAGAAGGAGUGCCAUAGCUGCAGCAGUGCUACAACUGCAGCAGGAGUACCACAGCUGCAUUAGUGCCACAGCUGCAGGACUGCUACAGCUGCAGGAAGACCACACUGCAGGAGGGCCACAGCUGCAGGAGGGCCACAGCUGCAGGAAGAGGGUCACAGCUGCAGGAGGGCCACAGCUGCAGGAGGGCCACAGCUGCAGGAAGAGGGUCACAGCUGCACGAGGCACUCUCUCACACACUAGGUGCCACCUUCCAGGAUUUAUGGUCUCCAGUACAGAAGUAGCAGCCCGGGCAAGUGCCCCCUGACAAGAUGAUACAGACAAAUUUGUUCAGGGAAGCAGAGCUGACUUCACAGCAACUAGAGUCUGGCAAAGCUGUGAGACGUUUCUCAUACCGACAUAGACCAGAAAAUGGAAAGUUAAAGAUCAGGCGUGAGACCAGUCACAUUAUCUGGACAGGAGCACAGAAUGCCUGUGAAGUUAUUACCCCUCUAUGUGAUAUCAAGGAAGUUCGUCCAGGAAAAGGGUCCAAGGAUUUCGACAAAUGGCCCGACGAUUCUCGGAAGGAAGACAAGUCCAAGUGCUUCAUUGUAUUUUAUGGGCGAGAGUUCAAGCUGAGAACACUUUCCAUUGCAGCUUUAGGGUCGGAUGACUGCAAUGAGUGGAUCAGUGGACUGAAGUACUUGAUGAGGGAGGCUCACGCUGUCUCCUACACCACCAGACUGGAGCGACUCUUACGCACUGAGUUUUACAACAUGAUGAACACCAGGAGCAAGAUUUUAUGUCUGGACGUCAAGAAUUUCCUCCCCAAGAUUCACUACAGGAUGACCACUACACGACUGAAACAGGUCUUCGAGCUCGUAGAUGAUACAAAGCGGGGAGAGAUAAGCUUCGAUCAGUUCUUUGAUCUUGUUAAAAAAAUCACGUGGGAUACCCAAAUAGAUAGAAUGAUGUUCAAUAAUACAGGGGAGAGCAGCGGCAUUACAGUAUUGGAGCAGUACAGUGGAGACAUGGUGAAAGUAACUCUGCAGGAAUUCCAGUCAUUUCUUGUUGAGGAACAGAAUGAAUCUGAACACUUAGCAGCCAGCAUCAUAAAGGACUUCUUGCAGGACCCACAGAGAGAUGUCCAGGAACCGUACUUCCUGCUAGAAGAGUUUGUGCAAUACCUCUUCUCAAAACCAAAUGAAUUAUGGGACAAGCGACAAAAUGUGGUGAACCAGGACAUGACCAGACCCCUCUCUUACUACUGGAUUGCCUCCUCCCAUAACACGUACUUAACUGGGGAUCAGCUAGCCAGCGAAUCGUCAACGGAAGCCUAUGCCCGAGUCCUCCGUCAAGGUUGCCGCUGCAUUGAACUAGACUGUUGGGAUGGACCUGAUGGCAUGCCCAUUAUCUUUCAUGGCCAUACACUAACCUCCAGAAUCUCCUUUCUCGAUGUCAUCAACACAAUAAGAGAUCAUGCAUUUGUAAAGUCAGAAUAUCCAGUUAUUUUGUCUAUAGAAGACCACUGCAGCCUUCCACAGCAGCAGGAGAUGGCGCGGCGGUUCCGCGAGGUUUUCCGUGAUUCCCUUCUUUGUGCUUCAAUAGAUAACAAUGAACAAGUAAUGCCAUCUCCUGAGCAACUCAAGAGAAUGAUCAUCCUUAAGCACAGAAAACUUCCUGGAGGGACUGAUGAGUUCACACCUCUGGCUGCUAAUGUGGAUGAACAGGGAGGAGAGUUGGAACUAAGCAAGCUGAGUCUCAAAACAGAUCGUCUUUUCCUGAAGAAUCCUGUAGACUCGACAGCUUGGCAGGCACACUUUUUUGUUCUCACUCAGGAUUGUCUCUAUUUUACCGAACUUCAAAAUGAACAAGAGGCAGAAACAGAUGACCAAGCUUGUGGGUUGAGGAUGCAAAAUGAUGUGGGCGAUGAGGAGCAGCACCUUCAGGAGCCUUGGUAUCAUGGCAAGGUUGUAGGAGGUCGUACGAAAGCUGAGGAACUGCUACAGCAACACAGCCACCUUGGAGAUGGGACUUUCCUGGUGCGCCUCUCGGAGAACUUUGUGGGAGAUCAUACGUUGUCUUUCUGGCACCAGGGAAAAGCCAGCCACUGCCGUAUUCGAACUCGCCAGGAUGGAGACACCACAAGAUACUGGCUCAGAGAUAAUGAUGCUUUUGAGAGUCUUCAUGCACUCGUUGAACACUAUCGUACCUACCCCAUACGUGCUCAGGAUGUGUCAGUGGUCCUUGAUGCAGCGGUACCUCAGCCAAACAGUCAUGAACGCAUGGAGUGGUAUCAUGCCAACCUCUCCAGAGAGGAAGCUGAAGAUUACCUUGGAAGAAUUCAAGAGGAUGGAGCAUUUCUGGUCAGACCUAGUGGAGAGUCAGGCAGCAUAUCAAUUUCAUUUAGAGCUGAAGGGUGUACAAAGCACUGCCGUGUCAAACAGGAGGACCAACUCUUUACCAUUGGCACUGCAACAUUUGACAGUCUAGUUGACCUAGUCAGAUAUUACGAACGUAAUUUCCUAUUUCGUCACGUGAAGCUGCGCUAUCCUGUAACAGAACGUGUAAUGCAGGGCUUGUUGGAACAGGAUCAGAUUGGUGUCUCGCAGCCUGGAGGUUAUGUUACUUACAUCAGCAACAUCCACGUGAAAGCCAAGUAUUCAUACACUGCGAAGAUGCCUGAUGAACUGACAUUCCCCAAGCAUGCCAUCAUCCAGAAUGUGAACAAGGCAGAGAGGGACUGGUGGAAAGGUGAUUAUGGUGGGCUGAAACAACACUGGUUCCCUGCCAUCUAUGUGGAGGAAAUUGAAGCAGAAAACAUUGAUGAAAGAGGUGGUGACAGCCAGGUGCUGGGCAGCCUUCAGAAGUGCCUGGAUCUGCGAGGUGCAGAGGCUACCGUUGAUCGCUUCCCUGGCAACAACCGCUGGGGCAUCAAGUUUAUCAUAAGACUGACGGCACCUACACUGCCUCAGGUCCUGGAGGUGGGCUGCACCUCAGAGCAGGAAGCCAAGGAGUGGAAGGAGAAGAUCAACUCAACUGCAUCUGUAGAUGACGGGACACAAACUAGACAACAGAGAGAAACGGAGCUUCGCAUAAAGAAGGAACUCAGUGACUUAGUUGUUUACUUUCGAUGUGUACCUUUCGAUGCCGAGAAGUGCUUCACCUAUGGAGGUUGCCACAACGAGAUCUCCUCUUUUCCUGAGCACAAGAUGGAGAGUCACAUACAAAAGAACCCAUGUGGACUGCUAAAGUUUCACAAGGUUGGGUUCAGCAGAGUUUACCCGAGGUCGACACGCGUCGACUCCUCCAACUACAAUCCCGUACCAAUGUGGAACCAUGGAUGUCAGAUGGUGUCUCUCAACUACCAAACAGGAGACAAGGCAAUGCAGUUGAAUGAAGGGUUGUUUCUACAGAAUGGGCGGUGUGGUUAUGUCUUGCGCCCAGAGUGCCAACAUGAUCCUAACUAUGACCCGUCAAACUUGGAGACGCUCCCCACCACCCACCCCAUAAGUCUUUCAGUUAAAAUUUUUGGCUGUCGUCACCUGAGUAAGCCUGGGAGGGGCUGCAUUUCUCCACUGGUUGAAGUAGAGCUUAUUGGCUGCGAGUAUGACAGUGGCCAGAAAUACACCACCAAAGCUGUUCAUGAUAAUGGUCUAAACCCUGUGUGGUGCAACAAUUUGAUAUUCCAUGUCUACAACCCAGAAUGUUGCCUGAUACGUUUUGUUGUAUAUGACGAAGAUGUGUUUAGAGAACCUAACCAGAUUGGCCAAGCAACUUAUCCGGUAACAUGUAUACGAGAUGGUUACCGCAGUGUGCCACUGAAGAAUGCAUAUUCUGAGGAGAUUGAAUUGGCAUCCUUACUUAUUCACCUCAAGAAAAACAGUGAUGAUGAUUAUCAGACACUGUUGAGACUCAGAGCACAAAUCUUAGAAAUGCUGGAUGCAUCAAAACACAAGCAAGAUGAAGAAAAAGUCACAAUUCUAGAGAGAAAAUUAAGCACACUAGAUAUUGAUAUUCAAAGAUACAAGGCAAAUUAAUAACAAAGAAAGUCUGAUGUUGAAAUUCUGAAGCCGAGCAUCACUACCUCAUCUCUCACUUGAACAGAGAAGCAGCAGUGACAAUGAUGGUUGUAACCUGCUUAACAGUGUCAUUAGUGAGUUUUAACUGCCAUAUAUUGUCAGGGAGGCGAGCCUCAGGUAAGCCACUGCUGCUGACAUUAGUAAACUCUGUAAACUAUGGCAGUGCUCACCACUCUCACGUGGGUCGCCUUUAAAGAAUUAACGUUACCAACUGCUAACAGUAUAAACAGUGAACAGAGUACAGAUGUCUGUUCACCUAUAAUACUGUGAAUGCUCUCCCCACCUUACAUUCUCUCCCUCUGCUGCACAGAGGUGGCAUUGCUAACAAUUGUAAAUUCUUGUCCAUCCUAAGAAUGCUGUCCCACCCUGUAGUACUGUAAGAAGUCUCCUUGUCGCAUUCUUUUCCUCUACAGUCCAGUUGAUGUCUCUUGGCAUCAUCAUCAUUAGAGGUCAAGUCUCUUCCAUCCAUUUGCCACAGAGCCUAGCCAAACUGUAUUUGUAGUUAUCUACUCCAUCCAGCCCAGAUGUGCUUAAUGUUCAUUAUAUAACAUGUGAAUAGCUGGUUUUAUGUUGCCAGUAUGGAGUCCAUAUUUUCAAGAAAUUUGCCCAAAGUCUGGGAUUGGAUUGGAUAGAUUAAAUUUUAAAAGCACUGUGAUCCAUCAGUGAUCCAGUACUUUGACCAUUAAAAGAAUAAAUACUGGUACAAUUUUAAUUUUUUAAAUAAAAAUUAUAAGUAAAAUUGAAUAAAUUAGCUCAUUAAAAGAAUCAUUAGAUUAGUUACAUAAAAAUCAUUGUCUAACAUUUCUCAGAUAUCCUUUCAACUACCAGGGCAAUUAAAAAAAUCCUAUAAUUAUAAAAAAUUCCUCGAUCUUGAACAUAAUGUUAGUGUUUUGCAGCUGCUGACACAGUACAGGUUGCAUAGAAAAGAUACACAACACACUUCUAAUCAAUAACAGUGAGCUAGCAGUGUGUGCUCUAGCCUCAGUCAACAAAAAUUUGAUUUGUGAUUCUUGUUAGAGGACCAUAUGCAGUCUUUCAUCCUUAAUACUUUACAGUAUUUAGGAUUAAAGAAGUCCUACAGGGCAUGCCAUUUUCUCUUUGCAUAUUUCUGAAUGUUGCCCAUUAAAUUACCAGUGCAAUAGUCUGCUAAACAGGAGACCUGAUAUGGCAUUCCUAGGCCAUCAGACUCGUUACCUAAAUGCAUACAUGCCAAAAAAAACAAAAAGGUUAUACAGUACAUUCUUUUGCUUAGAAUGAACACAAGUCAUAUAUUCUUGAAUAUUUUUUCUAAAGCUACACAAAAGCAAAGUGUACUAAUGCCUUCAGUGCACUUUGUGAAUCAAACUACAAUUGUAAAUUUUCUGUGAGGAAUUUAAAUAAUCACUGUAAGUGCCACCAGGAUGGCAUGCAGUUCAGCAAUAAAAGGUGUAGGAUUUCACUGGUAGAUUUGCACAGUGAGAAUCCCCUGCAGUAAUACAGCAAAAUCUGUGCCAUUCUAACACUGAGUCAUCUGCCAAAAAACUUAAUCUGUGAUGCAUUAUACUAAUUAUCCUCUUGCUAACAACAUCUAGUCUCUAAAAUCACCCAGAGAGAAAGGGGUAGGAAACCAAUCUCGUAUGUUCCUUCCAGCCCACAUACAGUUAAGCAAUAGUAGCCAUGCUUCAUAUACAGAACAGCUUGGAUACCUUGUUAAAUAACUUCAUGUCCUGUCACAAAAAUUAUUGUUAGUAGAUUUACAUGGAGUGUAUCUGAUACUGAACAUGUACUAUACCGUAAUCAAAGUUCUUCACGGAAGAGAGCCAGAUCACCAGCGUCCACACAAAACUUGCUGGAGAUUCUGAAUGCCUCCCUGCACUUCUGGAUGCUCAGAAAUGACCUGCCAGUCAUAAUAAAGUCUACACCUACACCAUAAAGCUUUUAAUCUGAACAUGGUCCUGCAGUCAGCUUUUUGAUAGUAAGAUUCCACUUUUAAGUUGUUCAAUUAGUGUUGUAUCCAUUUUGAAUUUUAAGGAGAUAACUUCCUCAAGACUUUAGUCUUCUUCCAAAAAUUUCAUUUAAUAACUAUUAAGAAAUAAUCAUACUUUAUAUUAUUAUUAUAAUCAAAACUAAGUGCUAAACCUACAAGGGUCAUACAGCCCUUCAUCAUACUUUAUAACACAUGGAAACUUGGGUUUCUUCCUCGAUCUAUUACAGUGCUCAAUCAUGGCAUUCUGCUCUGAAAAUUUGUAACCUAUCAUUUCAGCUGAUUUUUUAUCUACAGCCACCUGCGGACAGCUUCACACUACCUCAGGGAAAGAUGCCAUCAUAAAUAGCAAGAUUAUCCACAUAAAUAUAUAAUUCCAAAAUAACAGCCACAAUUAUUUAUGGCAUCCAUGGAACAGUUGAUAUUGGAAAUACAGUAAACCCUCAGUAUUAUGAACCACUAUGCACCAGAUUUUAGAUAAAAUGGACCAAAAAUCUGGCCAGACAAAGGCUUGGCGAGUGUCUGGUAGAAUUAUCAAUGCAAUGGACCAAAUUUGCUGCAUCGCAUAUGCCCAGUAGUAAUACUGCUGAACUUGAUCUGGUCUGCUUUAUCACAAGUUUGUUUGGUAUGAGCUGCUUCCAAGACCUGUCAGUUCUUUUUGUUCUGAGCAAGAAUGGCCACUGGUUCAGCCUGCAUCAGUUUAUUAUUGUCUGCUCAUGCUCACAUACUAUCAUUUGGUCUCCAAUUUUACCUUGAUUUGCAGUGUUUAUCAUUACCAGUACAGUGCUAUUAACAAAUGCCUUUUAAAGCAAGGGAUGGUGCCAAGAAGCAUAUGACUGAAUGUUAAAGCAGAAGCUUUAAUGAAGAAGGUAGGGUCAGGCAUCUCAGUGACAUGGGAAGUUUGUUGUAGCAAAGCAAAUGGUGUCUGGUACUGUAUAUAGAGUAUGUUCAAAUAUGCUGCAGGUGUUUUAAUGUUUGUGCUGUUCAGCUUCCCUGUUCUGCAAAAACCCAACAAGGUACAUGGGUAUAGAAUUUGGGGCAAGGAAUGGGUGGCUUUGGCACUACAGUAAUCGCUAAUGCUUGAUUAACCUAAAAACUGAUGACAAGGCUGAUAGUGCACCUACAGACAAAGUUGAGCCAGUCAUGCUAAUGUUAAAUGAUAGGGCCCUCCUUCACUAUCUCAACUGUAUGAUACAUGAGAGACUGGUCUGUUUUGGUGAUUGCAGCCUUUCAACACUCAUUUGAGCAAGAACACCUGGCCAUAAGCUUAUUGUGCUGCACUAUUGCUGAUAAUAUGCACCGCUUGAAACUGAUGGCAAUGUGCUUUAUAGGAUUGUUUGAAAAUAUUGCCCCUCAGUUAUUUCAAGGGUAAGAAAGACUGGUUUGACAGGGAUGUAUUUGCUGAUGUAUUUUCCACUUUUUAAUGUAUAACACAAGCACCAGCUGGAGGUCCUUAAAUUUGAGUCUGGUAAAGUCAGUCGAGACACUCUUGCUUGAUAAUACAUCUGUUCAUUCAAGGGCUGGAAGAAUUAAAUCAGUAGUAAUGGUAAAAUUAAGGGUAUUUUUCUUCCCUCUAAUAUCACCUCCCUUAUGCAACCUGUGGAUCAGGGAAUUAUUGCAGUCUUCAAGAGGCUCUUCUAGUCCAGAUACUCAAGAUGAAUUUUUUUUUUUUUCAACAAGUCGGCCGUCUCCCACCGAGGCAGGGUGACCCAAAGAGAAAGAAAAUCCCCAAAAAGAAAAUACUUUCAUCAUCAUCAUUCAACACUUUCACCUCGCUCGCACAUAAUCACUGUUUUUGCAGAGGUGCCCAGAAUACAACAGCUUAGAAGUAUAUACGUAUAAAAAUACACAAUAUAUAUUAGUAGAAAUUGGGAGGAAGAUUUGGAACAAGAUACCAUGGGUGAAUGUACUUUAGAUAUCAAGAACUAUAACCUGAAGAAUGCCUCUUCAACCUUGUUGUGUCAUGGAUGGAAAUGAAAACGACUAUAUUAGCUAGUGGUUGGAAAAACUUUUAAAUAAUGUUCAUAGUUUGAUUUUGAUAGGUUUGAGGUAAUAAUUUUCAUCGUAACCUGCUGAGGGCAGGAAAAAUAGACAUUGGAGUCAGAUGUGAUUGAAUGUUGAGUGAUGCAGAACUUGCAGACAAGACUAUUUAUUGGCAUCCUCUCCCCGGUAGAUAAGGAUAGUGGUGAUGACAACAGGGAUUGUGGUUACUGAGUUGUCAACAGCAGAUGUGAUUGAUGUUCUUAUCACAGAUUUGAUCCAAAGGAAGAGCAACUUCAAUUGCUUGUAUCAAGAGUUCAUCACUAUCAAAACAGCCCUUUAAGGGGAGGUUGAAUGUGGUGGACUACUGUGCACACGACUGUUUUCUCCACCUGGUGAGUGUUAAGAACACAACUCAAACUCAUCUUUAGGCAUUCCCAUACUUUUUGACAAUUAUUACUACAUUCAUGGGAAGAGUACUGAACUCAGAGGGGUCAUACAGCACCAGGGAAAUGGGAGGCAGUAUGUUUUGAUCCAAGGAAAGGUAGGGUAGUUGUAAUUCUUUUGAUCAAAAACCUUAUUUAGAAAAUGUCCUUCCUUCAGUUAGUGUGCCUUGAUGCUGAUGAAGAGCUCUGUAUAAUCCUCCGGGUUUAGCGCUUCCCCUUUGAUUAUAAUAAUGAUGAUGAAGAGCUCCCAUUCCCCAAGAGCUAUAUGGCUUCUAGCUAAGAGUUCAAUCUCCCUCAAAAAAUAUAAAAAGAAUAAUGUACACCACUCUCAUGUUUGAGCCAGCUGGCUACACUGCCCUCACACAGUCUAGUGGGUGAGGCUACUAACACACCACUGCACACUUCUACUCAUUUUACACAAUUUUAAUUCUAAAACUUUUGGUAAGUUGUCAGAUGUUACAGUACUCUUAUCUUUCCACAGCUUCUUUCAGUUUGGCAGUAUAGGUUAUUGUUUUAUAACCAGGCCAGCUUCACUGUGGCAUAAUUAGAAAUGUUGCUCUCUAAAACACUCAAGUUACUAGCCCUCAGGUCAGAAAUGUCAACUAACUCUACAACAUUUUCCUACCAAUAUUUGAGAUACUGAAUAAUUUAGCAUAGACUGUUUCAUCCACAAGCAACCUGGGAGGUAGUUAACAUAAUGCCAGUUUCACAAACGGUUAUUUUCAGAUUUUAAUCAUUUAGGGUCACGAAAGCUACAGAGUACACACAAAGGGUUAGCAGUAGUGUCUUCCAUGUUCAUACACAGAACCAAUCACCAAAAGUCACUAUCACAGAGGAACUAGUAGUGUGUUGCCUAAUCAGUCACAGAAAACUCUUCAAUCUGUCUGUAUUUCCCUAUCUUUCAUGGGAAAUUUCCCGAUGUUGAUGGGCUCUUGACCCAAGGAAUUGAACCAGCCUUCCCCUUCCAUGGAUCAAAACCUGAAUGCCUCCAAUUCAUCUACAUGUUGUACGACUCCUAUAGGUUUAUUACUCUCCCGUGAAUAUGAUACAGUAGACUGUUUCCUAUCGGGGGUCCAACUACUGAGUUUCUAACACCUCUCCAUUCACAUUUUGCAUCCUGUUUCCAGCUUUCACUGUGAAGGUGCAACAUUUGUGCCAGCACAGGCAGGAUAUUUACCCACCCAUAUGCCUCAGACCUCCAUUGUAUUAUGGUAGACUUGGCUUGUUUACACUCACACUACCACCAGCUACCUUGUGGGUGGGUACCACACCAUAACUUUCUCCUGUAUUAUCAUUCCAUUUCUGAUUUUUUCAUCACCUUGUCUCAUGGCUGAAUGUUAAUCAUGGCAUCAGUAAGGAAUGUACUAGUGAUACUGAAGGUGCCAAGUAGUAGUUAAGAAUAAAAUUAUGACUAGUGAAGAAAAUUGAGGUGAUGGACAUGUUCAGAGGUGGUGCAGUGUAGCACUUGGGGAAUGGGAGGCCUUCAGAUUUGAUCCAAGGAUGAGAAUGAUUAAUCUGCUUCUUUGGAUCAUGAGACCCCUCACUGUACAAUGUAAAUUCUGCUUAGAUAGUACUUUAAGGAAAUCUUUUAACUUAUUAUAAUUACAAAUCAGUUAAGCCCACGUGGGUUAUGCACUGUCUUUUUAAAUAUUUUAGAUAUUUAUAUUUUAUUAUUAUUUUUUUUUUUUUAUUAUCACACCGGCCGAUUCCCACCAAGGCAGGGUGGCCCGAAAAAGAAAAACUUUCACCAUCAUUCACUCCAUCACUGUCUUGCCAGAAGGGUGCUUUACACUACAGUUUUUAAAACUGCAACAUUAACACCCCUCCUUCAGAGUGCAGGCACUGUACUUCCCAUCUCCAGAACUCAAGUCCGGCCUGCCGGUUUCCCUGAAUCCCUUCAUAAAUGUUACUUUGCUCACACUCCAACAGCACGUCAAGUAUUAAAAACCAUUUGUCUCCAUUCACUCCUAUCAAACACGCUCACGCAUGCCUGCUGAAGUCCAAGCCCCUCGCACACAAAACCUCCUUUACCCCCUCCCUCCAACCCUUCCUAGGCCGACCCCUACCCCGCCUUCCUUCCACUACAGACUGAUACACUCUUGAAGUCAUUCUGUUUCGCUCCAUUCUCUCUACAUGUCCGAACCACCUCAACAACCCUUCCUCAGCCCUCUGGACAACAGUUUUGGUAAUCCCGCACCUCCUCCUAACUUCCAAACUACGAAUUCUCUGCAUUAUAUUCACACCACACAUUGCCCUCAGACAUGACAUCUCCACUGCCUCCAGCCUUCUCCUCGCUGCAACAUUCAUCACCCACGCUUCACACCCAUAUAAGAGCGUUGGUAAAACUAUACUCUCAUACAUUCCCCUCUUUGCCUCCAAGGACAAAGUUCUUUGUCUCCACAGACUCCUAA